CUCUUUUCUCUUUUCUAUAUGGAACACUCACAACAGCAAGAAGAAAGUGAUGUGGCUUUUAACGCCUUUAUUGGUGUACUAGUCUCUGUUUGUGGCAAUGCACUUAUUUCUGUGGCAUUGAAUGUGCAAAAGAGAGCUCAUAAUAACAUUCAAAACAAACAAAUGGCCAAUUACUUUGCCAAUAUGGAUGAGCCACCACAAUGGAUAUCAAGCUCGCAAUACAAUGGAGGGUUCAUGCCCGAUGAUGGCUAUUCCUCACCGAGAUCUUCUUUAGAAUAUCAACAGAGACAACGGUCCGAGGAAGACAUUGAACAUCAAAAAUUCAUCAUGACAAUGGCUCAAGAACAGACAAAAGGGGGAGACACAGAAUACUUGAAAUCCAAAUUAUGGUGGUUAGGCAUCUCAUUGAUGAUUUUAGGUGAAGUAGGCAAUUUUGUUGCCUAUGGUUUUGCUCCUGCUUCGACUAUUGCACCUCUUGGUACUACCACACUGGUGGCCAAUGUUAUUCUCGCUCCUCUUAUGCUUAAGGAAGUGUUUAGAAAAAGAGACUUGAUUGGUGUCAUUUUAGCAGUAACAGGUGCAGCUAUGGUUGUGUUUAGUUCAAACUCUGAAGAAACUGCUCUGUCACCUGAAUUAAUCAUGGAAGCACUUACUCAAACACAGUCUAUCGUUUACUUUAUUCUAACAGCCAUUGCUAUUGUUGCAUUGACCAUCUUAUCACCUAUUUAUGGUUCCUCUAGCAUCAUGAUUGACCUGGGUUUGGUGGCUAUCUAUGGUGGUUACACUGUCCUCUCGACCAAAAGCGUGGCAUCCUUAUUGAGCUUAACCUUUUUCAAAAUGUUUGCAUACCCUGUCUCUUACUUGCUUAUUUUUGUAUUGGUUGUUACUGCUGUCUUACAAAUUAAGUACCUGAAUAAGGCCUUACAACGAUUUGACUCUACCGAAGUGAUUCCAACUCAAUUUGUCUUGUUCACUGUGUCUGCCAUCAUUGGCAGUGCAGUACUUUAUCAUGACUUUGAUGACAUGACUCUAGAACAAAUGUCUAGAUUCAUGUCAGGUUGUGCCAUCGAGUUUCUCGGUGUUUAUCUUAUUACUUCAAAACGUGACAAGACACCUCAGCACUCACCUGCCUUGUCCAUCAGUGCUGAUAGUGGUACAGCUGUUUCCUUUUCAGACGAAGAAGCACUUGAUCGAGUCAAUAUGCUUCCUAGUGAACAGCCAAACAGUCGUGUUCGUCCCAAACGUAUUGUUACCACCAACACACCUCAUCAAUCCAUGUCCUAUGAAGCUUGGCAAGAAGCCAAUCCUCACCUUGUCAAUAUCAUGAGCAACAGCAGUGCCAAUAGUCAUACAGGCAAAGGCAGACAUAGUUCAGUAUUUCGAGGUAUCUCGAUGGCUUCUCAAUUAUUGGAUCGCUCUGAUGAACAACAACAGGCUAUUCAAUUGCCUACCUCUUCACCCAAUAGACAAAGGGAUUCUGCAUUGUUAGGCAAUAUCUUGAAUGGCAUCACUUCUGCCAUUACUUCACAUACACACCCUUCCAUGUCACAUCAACCUACUGAAGAAGAUGCAGAUGCUGUUGAGAUUGAGAUACCCACUCCUUCCUCAUUUCAUCAUAGUGAUCGUGAAUUAAUGCCUAUUUCUAAUAGACAGAACAAGUUGAAUGAUGUCUCCAAUGAAGAAUACCGAGAUUUAUCUUAAUACCCCC